UCGAGGCCCUAACCGCAGUUGUGUGACCGCGUUCGGCGGGCGAGCACGGAAAAUAAGUCAGUAAGCCGCCAGAUUUGUGCAUUGCCGUUGCCAUAAAUAGUUACAGUUCGUAAAUUAGUGGCGAUUGGUGACAGUGCCUAGAUAGCCCCGAUAAGGCAAGUGUUCCGCGAAAGUUACACCAAGGCGAAGUGAAAUCAUGGGGAGGUCUCGCAACACCAACACCACACUUGCAAUUGUCAUUGCCCCGAUCUUGAUUUGUGCUUCGGUUGUUUUGGCCCAAGAUUUUGGAUAUGAGGGCAGAUAUGGACCCGAGCACUGGGGUGAAGAUUAUGCCCGAUGCAGUGGAAAACACCAGAGUCCCAUAAAUAUCGACAAGGUUACGGCUGUGGAGAAAAGGUUUCCCAAGCUGGACUUUUUUAAUUUCAACGUGGUGCCGCAUGCCUUUCAAAUGUCGAAUAAUGGUCACACGGUGCUGGUGAAGAUGAGUUUCGACGAGGACACAGUGCCGACUGUGAGAGGAGGUCCUUUGGCGGAGAAAACUCCUUUGGGCUACCAGUUCGAGCAGUUCCACUUCCACUGGGGCGAGAACGAUACGAUAGGCAGCGAGGACCUGGUCGAUAACCAUGCCUAUCCCGCCGAGCUCCAUGUGGUCUUGCGAAAUCUCGAAUAUCCUGAUUUUGCAAGCGCUCUGGACAAGGAUCAUGGCAUCGCCGUGAUGGCCUUCUUCUUUCAGAUUAGCAACAAUUCAACUGGUGGCUAUGAGGGUUUCACGAAUUUGCUGUCUCAGAUUGACCGGAAAGGCAAAACCGUGAACAUGACCAACCCACUUCCCCUGGGACAAUACAUCUCGAAGUCUUUGGAAAGUUACUACACCUACACUGGUUCUCUGACAACUCCGCCAUGCAGUGAGGAGGUUACCUGGAUCGAUUUCACAGUGCCCAUAGACAUUACGGAGAAACAGUUGAGCGCUUUCCGACUGCUGACGGCCAAUGAUGAUCAUCUAAAGAACAAUUUCCGACCCAUCCAGCCGCUGAACGAUCGCACCUUGUACAAGAACUAUAUAGUGGUACCGAUAUUCAACAUGGGCUCGAUUCCGUUUGUCAAUGCGGAAAAUGCGGCUGGCAAUGGGAGGUGGAGGCCCCUUUGCCUGGCAGUCCUGCUACCCAGUUUUGUCCUCAUGGCUCUGCUAAGGACCUCCGUUUUCAGUGGUUUUUAAUUAGAAUUCUGCGGCGGGGAAUCGAAGGUUAAAUCGUUAAAUGCCUAGCAUGCGUUGAGGCGUCCAAUUAAGCGCUGUAAUUUACAUUUUCCGCUCUUGUUCGCCGUCGCUGUUUGUUGUUCAAACACGAGUGCCGGUAAUUUCCUCGGCACGGGCUCCUGCCGGCAGGUCAACCAUAUAUAUCUACGGGCAAACAAUUAGGCGGCAGUACAGGGAAAUUAUUAAGCCCAAAAGGGGGGAGUUUUUCAGCUGGUACGAUACCUUUACUCAUCAAUUAUGCAGCACCUCGCACAAAGACUGUCAACUUCAACCGUAUCGCAUCCGUAUUCGUAUUCGCGUCCGUCCAACGUUAAACGUCCUUCAUCCAAAGAAGCCUGUCAGUGCGAGGGUGACCCACUUGGAAUUGCACAUUGUGAUUUUUAAUGCUUGGCACAGGCAAAGCUUUUUAUUUAUGUACUUUAGGCUUAAGUUUUGUAAACAUAAAACCGUAAUAAAAUGUAUUUUUUGUUAAUUUA